ACUCACUCGCACCAGCGCCCAGACAGGGGCGCAGGCUGAGGAGCUGCCCAGCCCGUCUCUCACACUCAGAGAGUAGCUGAAGCCUGCAACCUCAUGACAGGUGACAGCAGCCCCCAAAGGCUGAGCAGGCCCAGCUAUGGCUCCAUCUCCAGCCCACCUGACCCAAGACCACAGCAAGUGCCUCCCAGAGAGACCUACUUGAGUGAGAAGAUCCCCAUCCCGGACUCGAAACCGGGCACAUUCAGCCUGCGGAAGCUGUGGGCAUUCACAGGACCUGGCUUCCUCAUGAGCAUCGCCUUCCUGGACCCAGGAAACAUCGAGUCAGAUCUUCAGACUGGUGCCGUGGCUGGAUUCAAACUGCUCUGGGUGCUGCUGUGGGCCACAGUGAUGGGAUUGCUCUGCCAGCGACUGGCUGCCCGGCUGGGCGUGGUGACAGGCAAGGACCUGGGCGAGGUCUGCCAUUUCUACUACCCUAAGGCGCCCCGCACCCUCCUCUGGCUGACCAUCGAGCUAGCCAUCGUGGGCUCAGACAUGCAGGAGGUCAUUGGCACGGCCAUUGCAUUCAACCUGCUCUCGGCUGGACGAAUCCCGCUCUGGGGUGGUGUCCUCAUCACCAUCGUGGACACCUUCUUCUUCCUCUUCCUCGAUAACUACGGUUUGAGGAAGCUGGAAGCCUUUUUUGGAUUCCUUAUUACCAUUAUGGCCUUGACCUUCGGCUAUGAGUAUGUGGUGGCACGUCCUGCACAGGGAGCGCUCCUUCGGGGCCUGUUCCUGCCCUCAUGUCCCGGCUGCGGCCAGCCCGAGCUGCUGCAAGCUGUGGGCAUUGUUGGCGCCAUCAUCAUGCCCCACAACAUCUACCUGCAUUCGGCCCUGGUCAAGUCUCGAGAGAUAGACCGGGCCCGCCGGGUGGACAUCCGAGAAGCCAACAUGUACUUCCUGAUUGAGGCCACCAUUGCCCUGUCUGUCUCCUUCAUCAUCAACCUCUUUGUCAUGGCUGUCUUUGGGCAGGCCUUCUACCAGCAAACCAACCAGGAUGCGCUCAACGUCUGUGCCAACAGCAGCCUUCACGACUACGCCGACAUCUUCCCCAAGAUCUUCUCCAAGAAAAACCAGACCGUGGCGGUGGACAUUUACCAAGGAGGCGUGAUUCUGGGCUGCCUCUUCGGCCCCGCGGCCCUCUACAUCUGGGCCGUGGGUCUCCUGGCAGCGGGGCAGAGCUCCACCAUGACGGGCACCUACGCGGGACAGUUCGUGAUGGAGGGCUUCCUGAAGCUGCGGUGGUCACGCUUCGCCCGUGUCCUCCUUACCCGCUCCUGUGCCAUCUUGCCCACUGUGCUUGUGGCCAUCUUCCGGGAUCUGAAGGACCUGUCAGGUCUCAAUGACCUGCUCAACGUGCUACAGAGCUUGCUGCUGCCCUUUGCUGUGCUGCCCAUCCUCACGUUCACCAGCAUGCCCGCCCUCAUGCAAGAGUUUGCCAAUGGCCCGCUGAGCAAGGUCAUCACAUCCUCCAUCAUGGCCCUCAUCUGCACCAUCAACCUCUACUUUGUGGUUAGCUACCUGCCCAGCCUCCCCCACCCUGCCUACUUCGGCCUUGUAGCUCUGCUGGCUGUCGUCUACCUGGGUCUCACUAUCUACCUGGUCUGGACUUGUUGCAUUGCCCACGGAGCUACCUUUCUGGCCCACUGCUCCCACCAACACUUCCUGUAUGGGCUCCCUGAAGAGGAGGAGAAGGGGGAGACCUCUGGAUGAGCUCCCACCCAAAGCCUGGCUGGCAGAUGGACUGAGUGGGGCAGACUGCGCUGCUGGACAUGGAGGGGGCGCAGGCAGCAAGACAGAGUGGGAGAGUUUUGGAGGCAGGCCAACUGGGGUCCUUAGGGACCUACUGUUUCCUAGCUUAGACAAGGGAUUAGCCUUUGGGUUUCAGUGUCAUCAUCUGUAAAAUAGGGAAGACAUCAACCUUGCCAUGGAUGUAAAGCACUUUAACAUAAUGCCUGGCAUUUGGGACUUAAAAAAAAAACAUCCAAAAAUAUUUAUUGAGCACCUACAGGAGUGACCUGACAGAUGGGGGGAGAGGGGGAGGAAGGAGAAAACAGGCUCAAACUAGCACCUAAAAUACAGUCUGAUGAAUGCUAAAUAAAUACUAGUUCACUUCUCAUGCAAAAGAGCUGGGAAUGGAACCUCGGAAGGACGAAAUCUCUAGAGCACCAAGACCACCCUACCCAAAUAUAUCCUACUCUCUGCA